CACUGAGAUUAGACCACAGGAAGGACUUUGGCCACCUAGGCGCUGGCAGGAGGCACUCUCUUUCCACCUGGCAGCCUGUGACUCAGAGAUCUCCUUGGUGUGAGGGCCUGCUCCGACCAAGUCCACCCUCAGAGACUCCUCCAAUCACUGGCAUCAGAGCAGACACUGGCUCUGCUGUGGGCCCCAAGUGCCACCCAAGAGCAGACCAGCCUAACGAUGGCCAAGGUCUGAGCGGAAGGCCCGAGGCCAGCUAGCCAAACCAGCCAUGGGUGUCAGCCAGCAGGGCAGGAUGAUGGGGCAUGCCCCAGAGCCCCUGAGCACCUCAGCUCCGGCUGGUACCACUGCUGUGCCAGGUCUCAUUCCAGACCUCGUUCCCAGGAUCCCCUGGCCACGCUGGGUCUUCAUUAUCACCGCUCUUGCCGCCGGCGCCCUCAUCAUCUCCUGUCUGCUCUGUGUCGCCUGCUGCUGCCACCGCCGCCACCAGCGCCCAAGAAAACAACCCAAAGACAAGGAGGCCGUGGGCCUGCAAAGCGCCCGGAGCAGUACCACCGCCCACCUGGUCCAGCCAGAUGUGGACAUCCUGGAAUCCAGCUCCGAGGGAGCUCGUAAGUGGGGGCGUCUGCUGCUCUCACUGGAAUAUGACUUUGGAAGCCAGGAGAUCAGGGUAGGCCUGCGACAGGCCACAGACCUGAAGGCCGAGGGCACCGCAGACCCCUACGCCCGUGUCAGUGUCUCCCCCCAGGCUGGGCACAGACAUGAGACGAAGGUGCACCGGGGCACACUCUGCCCCAUGUUCGAAGAGACCUGCUGCUUCCCCGUCCCCCAAGCAGAGCUGUCCAGGACCACCCUGCAGGUGCGGCUGCUGGACUUCAAGCGUUUCUCAGAGCAUGAGGCUCUGGGGGAGCUCCACCUGCCUUUGGACACGGUGGACCCACAGCAUGUCCUAGAACGCUGGUACCAGCUGGGCCCACCAGGCACUGCUGAGCCCAAGCAGAUCGGUGAGCUAUGCUUCUCGCUGCGCUACGUGCCCGGCUCCGGCCGCCUGACGGUGGUUGUGCUGGAGGCCCGAGGCCUGAGUACGGGGUUGGCAGAGACCUAUGUGAAGGUUCAGCUCAUCCUGAACCAGAGGAAAUGGAGGAGGAAGAAGACAUCCACUAAAAAGGGCACAACCACCCCCUACUUCAACGAGGCCUUUACCUUCCUGGUCCCUUUCAGUCAGCUCCAGAGUGUGGACUUGGUGCUGGCCAUCUGGGCCCACAGACUACAAUUCCGGGCUGAGCCUGUGGGCAAGGUGUGGCUGGGCCCCAGGGCCUCAGGUCAGCCCUUACAGCACUGGGCCGAUAUGCUGGCGCAUGCGCGUCGGCCCAUUGCCCAGUGGCAUCACCUGCAGCCCCCCAGGGAGGUGGACCGAGCCCUGGGUCUGCAUCCCCAACGGCGCCUGCCCAGGCCCCGUUCCUGAAAUCAUCCUGGGCCUCAGUUUCCCUGAGUGGAGCCAUGCGCAUUGACCCAGACCGUCCAAGAGAACAUUUUGUAAUAAACACUUUCUUUCCCCCCCACCA